UUUGCGCUUUGAGAAUAGGGGGGGGAAAAAGUGUUGCCGUGUAACAUUUAGCUUAGACCUUAACAGAAGUUUAUCCAACAAAUAGUCUGCUGCCGGAAGCUCCGGACCUUGGCCGUCAGCGUCAGGCUCCCACCCGCUAAGAUGACAGAGCUGCGGCAUCGAGGAGCCAAAGACGGCGAGCCUCCGUUAGAGCAGCAGCCAUCAGAGGACAAGGCCCCGUCCAAUCAGCAUAUGGCUUUGACAGCUCAACAACAUGGAGGGAGAUUCUCUGUCAGCGCUUCACUUCCCACGCGCGGCGCUGCCCUGAUGGUCUGCUCGGCUAAUUUUAGUGCUUCCUCUGAGUUGAUGAAGGGCUCAGACAGCGAGCUGAAAGCAGACAAAGAGGGCGUCUCCGACGAGUCCAAGGUGGACUCGGGAGUCCCCGAGGUGCCGGUCCCUCCUGAUGACACCCCCGAGGUUCUCAACAAGGCCCUGUCUGGACUCUCCUCAAGAUGGAAGAACUGGUGGGUACGAGGCAUCCUAACACUAGCCAUGAUCUCCUUCUUCUUCUUCAUCAUCUACCUGGGCCCCAUGGUCCUCAUGAUGAUUGUCCUCUGUGUUCAGAUCAAGUGUUUCCAUGAAAUCAUCACGAUCGGGUACAACGUGUACCACUCCUACGACCUGCCCUGGUUCCGGACGCUUAGCUGGUACUUCCUGCUGUGCGUGAACUACUUCUUCUACGGCGAGACCGUGACCGAUUACUUCUUCACGCUGGUGCAGAGAGAGGAGCCUCUUCGCAUCCUCAGCAAAUACCACCGCUUCAUCUCCUUCGCGCUCUACCUCACAGGUUUCUGCAUGUUCGUGCUGAGCUUGGUGAAGAAACAUUACCGCCUUCAGUUCUACAUGUUUGGCUGGACCCAUGUGACUCUGCUGAUCGUAGUGACCCAGUCCCACCUCAUCAUCCACAACCUGUUCGAGGGGAUGAUCUGGUUCAUCGUUCCCAUUUCCUGUGUGAUCUGCAAUGACAUCAUGGCCUACAUGUUUGGUUUCUUCUUCGGCCGAACGCCGCUCAUUAAGCUGUCGCCUAAGAAGACAUGGGAGGGAUUUAUUGGUGGAUUAUUCGCCACGAUUGUGUUUGGUAUCAUGCUCUCGUACGUCAUGGCUGGAUACCGCUACUUUGUUUGUCCUGUGGAAUUCAACAACGACUCCAACAGUUUCCAGGUGGACUGUGAGCCAUCAGAGCUGUUUCAGCUGCAGGACUACAACCUGCCAGGAGUCCUGGAGUCUGUCACCGGAUGGACCACCGUGCGUCUGUAUCCGUUCCAGAUCCACAGCAUCGCUCUCUCCUCCUUCGCCUCCAUUGUGGGGCCCUUCGGCGGCUUCUUUGCCAGCGGCUUCAAGAGAGCAUUUAAGAUCAAGGAUUUUGCCAACACCAUACCGGGUCACGGAGGCAUUAUGGACAGAUUUGACUGCCAGUACAUAAUGGCCACAUUUGUCAAUGUCUACAUUGCCAGCUUCAUCAGGGGCCCCAACCCCAGUAAGGUGGUCCAACAGCUCCUGGCCCUGCGGUCCGACCAGCAGCUCUACAUCUUCAACUCCCUGAAGGCUCACCUGACGGAGAAGGGUUUGCUGCGAGCCGCCGAGGCGGCCGCUUAGCCCGGCGGCGCCCUCAGAGAACCCGUGUUUAUUUAUGAGCGAGGACACAUCAAUGAAAACCAAGAAAAAGAAGAAAAAAAAAAACAAACAUUCAGCUUUGGGCCAUUCCAUUUUAUUUUGGGUUGGAGCGUUGUGCUUCUGUGCUUGACUGCUCUGUGGAUCACGAUUCUGACAUCAGUGUUUUCAGCUGCGGUUGAAGUCCACCAAUGUAGCCGCUAUAUUUAGUUUUUUAUUUUUAAUUUUUUUUUAAAUCAACACUGUUAAACUAAAUGUUGGUCAGACGUACAUUUCUGCUUGUUUACACAAUAAUUUUUGAUAUUAUCGGCUCACGUGUGUUAAUAUUUUAUCGUACGUAAAGCAGUGCUCUAAACCCUGUUAACACACUGUAAUGUUACUGCAGCGUCACCCUCACACCCAUGUCUAGCUACAUUUUCUUUUGAUUGUGAUUGUUACUAUUUAUACAGAGACGGUUUUUAUAUUUCAGAUGUUCUAUUGUGUCUUAAUGUCUGUUUUAUUCAGGCAGUUGUGUGCAUUUUUGUGUCUUUUUGUUAUGUCGUUUUGCUUCAGUUGAGCCAUUUCCAAGCCUUUCACGCUUGGCCAAAUCAUUAGCAUCACAUCAUCAUGUAGACGUCUGAAUUCCAACCAAACCUUUCAGUCGCGUAAAUUCCUAAAGCUACCGUGCUUUCUAACGAAUCUCUCUGUGGGCUAGCGACCUCACGCUCACCUGUUUGCUAGCUUUCAUUCGUUUUUUUUUAACUGUCACGUGGUCUUAGCUUUGACGCUCGAGAGGAGCGCGGCGGAUGUCACGGUCGGACAACGGGGAAGGCGGUCAUUUCCUGAAACAACACACACACAUACAAGCAAGCAAACCUCGUGAACGCGCACGUGGGGCACCGUACCGGAACGCGCUGGGUAAAAAGCUCGUGGGGUCCAAAUGACACCUUCUCUUCAGACCAUGGAAGGGUGCUGGUAGAGUUGCUGGUUUUUAGUGUAGCCGACUUGCUGUUUGAAGGUUGUUUUUUAUUUCACUUGUUGGGCACCAAGACGGUCGGGAUAGUAAAAUAUUGGGGGGCACAAUGAUUCCUGCACUGCCAUUUCUGAUCUUGUGUGUCGCUUAGCAGCGUCACAGCAGAGACGCUCUGCUCACAAAGUUCAUACACUGAACAUCAGUAAACGUGUUAGCAUGUUGGGCUACAGCACAUCUGCUAACGUUGCACCUUGCCAAUACUGUAUGUGUUAAUUCCUCUAGGUUUAUUAGUCAUUUUGUGUGUUAUUUAUGCCAAGUGUGAUUUGAUAGUUAAGCUUAAGCCUCUGUGGUGUUUGGUUUCUUUACAGGUAGCAUGUAAGGACACUUUAAUAGGCACACCAGCAGGUGUUUAGGUUAGCAUAGGUUAGCAUGCCCUACAGAAACGGCAACACGUGUUCACUGAUGUGGUUUUUUUUUUCUUUAGCUAAUGCCAAUAUUCCAGAGGAUUUAUUUAUGCUUUCCUAGAUAUAAUUUGUUCUAACCUGAGCUCAGCAUUUUGGAAACGUCUGACACAUCUGUACUGAGUUAGGUCUGAUCCACUGCUGGUCAGGCCAAUACUUGCCAUAGCCAACAGAUUUAUUGGCUUUCUUGUGCGGUCUGGAAUUUAUUAAAACAUCUGUAUUAAUUUAGCUCUUUUAUUGAUAUUCCACCUUGGUUAUUUUUAUUCAUUUAACUAGGAUCCGGUUUUUGGGGGGUAGAAACAUUUGUAGACUCGCACGCAGAGAUAGUUCCUGUCGUCAUUAAUUCAACAGCACACGCAACGCCGACUGCCCUUUGGGUUUACCUGUAGGUGUUUUAAGUAGUUCACUCUUCUACAUCUUAUACAAGCACCUUGUGGCGAACCCAGCGACCAUUUUAGAAGUAUCGAUUUAAUGUUCUCUAUUUUUUUUUUUCUCUCGCUUUUGACAUUAUUCUGGUAGCGACAUUCCUAUGUUGAUUACUUCUAUACCACUUUUUUCUAUCAUUUGGCAGCAGAAUUUUGCAAAACUUCAAGUAUAAAACAUUAGACAUGUUAAGACGAUAUUUGCCGUUUUUUAACUAUUUCCCUACAUUAUCUGCCGAAUGCUAAUUUGUAGCCACCCCGUUUUUUUUUCUUCCUUUUUCCUAUCAGGAAUCUAAGGCAGCAUGACAUUACAAAAACGUGCAAUCCAAGUAUUAUUGAACAGGACUAUAGUAUCGAAACUCACAUUUACUGUCGGCUUCCUUUCAAACAUUGAAAUGUCUCCGAUCCAUUUGAAUUUCUUUCACUAAAAUCUGUAUCAGGUGUGGGCAUCAAACGCAGCAAAGUUUUCUUUUUUCCCAUGGGGAAGCAUCAAUGCCUGGUAACAGAAAUGCAAUACCGUACCAAAUAUUACAUCCACGCAGUGUUUUGUGAAAUUACAUGACUAACGUGAUUCGAUAUAUUGUGCAGCUCCACUAGAACAUACCAAAAUAUUCCUGUUUCUGUUGGUCUAUUUCAGUUUUUUUUUCUGCCAAAAUAUCUUGAAGAACAUGAACUAAAAGAUUACUCGGAAGAAAUGUAGUUUUCACAGUUUGUUUUCCCAUCCUUCUCUAAAGAUAUCUAAUUAUUCAAACUGACAUUUUGUAAGAUUAUGUGUUACCAUAGUUAAAAUAAAAUCUGAUUAGCAAUCAAAGUAAUUUUUUUUUCUACUGAUGGUGUUUUAAAGAUUUGGUUCAGAGGACCCUUUAGUCUUUCUAACUAAAACCAGAAGACUUCUGUUAGUACGAUGGAAUAAAACCAAUAUUUGUAACAAGACAUAAUAAACUACAUUUGGUGUAGCAGGAAAGGAAAAUGAUGGUACAUAGUAGCUUCUUUUAAACGUGUUCCUGGUAUUUAUGUUUAUUUUAUAUACCAUCUUUUAGUUUUUUCGGGUAUAUAACCCAGACAUCACUUUUAUCCGGUGUUUGAAUUGAUUCCGAUGAUUAUUUAUGUCAUUCGAGACGUCAUCUUUCUCAAGAUAUUUAUUUAUUAACUCUAUAUCUCUGCUGUAAUUCUAAAAUAUAUGUUGGUGGGGUUUUUUUGUUUGUAGUUUUUGUAGUCAGGCAAAAAAAAAAAAAAAAUCAUUAUCGCCACGUGCGAAAAAAAAAAACAAGUGUAAAAGUAGCUGAAGAGUUUCUCCGCUGUUGCCGUGGUUGCUGUUGCUAGGCUCCUGCUCGGUGUCGUGCCUCAGCUCGGGUGCUCGUUGCUUAUGAUUUACGUAGUUUCUUCCCCACGUCCACUGUAUCGCAGCCGAAGCCGCCGCAGUAAUUACAUUUUCACACAGUUCAAUUUUUCGGUUCAGCAGCUCAGCACUGCCCUUCCACUUACCUGCCACCAGAGGGAGCCAGAGCUCCUGUGCUCAGCCUGUUGACUGUGACCUUAAGGCUGUACAUAAAUGGAGAUAUUUGGCCAUUUGUUACUUCUGCUUAGAACAAUCCGCUGCCCUUUUAUGAAAAAGUUAGUUUACUAGAUAAACGUUUUCUUUUCGUUGGUCUUUAGGGCUCCACUGACCUGUUGUGCAAGUGUGUUUUGCCAGGAGUCUAUCAGAGGAAUGUAAGGGAGUCAUGUCUGUCCAUUGUGCUGUGCAGGCUCUCCUAUGUGAAACAUUUUACUUUAUUAUGUGCAUAGAUUACCUUAUGAAUCUGUAAAACAAAAAAAUAAAAUAAAGAAAUCUGUAUAUCUAUUCUUUAUCUGUGCAAUGGUUUGGUAAAUUGUACAAUAUCUAGAGGUAUUCUUUAACGCUGAACUGUGUUUUUGGCUAUGUUCAGAGAAAAAAAAUAAAUGUAUUUAAAGACAA